AUGGUGGCCCAACUGCUAGGACUGGCAUUUCUUUUCCUCCAAUGUACAUGUACUGAGGCCACUUCUACGACUUAUGUGAAGAUCAAUCACAACUGGGAGGUGGUGUACCAGGACACCAGUGUGUAUGGGGUAGUGGGCAAAGCUGUGAUCCUGGAGUGCGGGGCCACUUUACCUGACAUGUACAUAUGGAGCUUCACCAAGCCAGGCACUGAAGCUAUAAAAGCUGUGGUGUAUAAUUUGGGCAAAGGAACGAGGAUCCAGAAGCUGGCAGAGACACUUGGAAAGAUCACAAUCAUCUCAAACAGCGCAGCUGUGAGCAUCGAGAACCUGCCUGUGGCCGCUCAUGGCCUGUUCACCUGCCAGGCCUUCUAUGACAUCGAGCUAGAGCCCAAAGUCUACUACUACUACGUGCACCUCACUGUCCGAAUUCCAAUCACAAGGCCCUUCCUGCUGAUGAGUGAUGCAUCUCCAGUGGAAGGCUCUACGAUGUGGAUGCGCUGCAAUCUUGAAAAUGGGACUGGACCAAUCCAGUAUGUGUGGCAACAUGAAACCCGUGGUGGCAAUAUCACAACCUUUGCACACAGCAACACCAGUGUUAUUAACGUGACAAAUGUCAACCGUAACCACUCUGGCUGGUACCGCUGUGUGGCCAGCAAUGCUGUCAACAGCGAGAGCUCCAACCGGUUACUGCUGGAAACCAUCUUUGGCCCGGACAUUCCUCAGAUCGACGUGUCUCCAUACACAAUAACAGAGCGAGGAUAUUCAGCUGUGGAAAGAGAGACAGUUUCUUUACUGUGUCAAGCCCAGUCGAACCCAGCCAGUCAAUACGUCUGGUUCCACAACAACUCCCAGGUCUACGCCGGGCCACAUUAUACCAUCACUAAGAUCUUCCGCAUGCACACCGGCGACUACGCCUGCUUGGCACAGAACACUUACCUCAACACCCGCUCCAAAAAAUCCAUCAGCCUGACUGUCUACUACCCACCAGAUGGCUCCCCAUCCUGUUCUGUGGAGCCGACUCUCAAUCACACCUCUCUGAGACUCCUCUGCUCCUGGUCCGGGGGUUUCCCCUCCCCCAACCUCCACUGGACCGGGGACCUGCAUCGAGUGGCACAAAACGAGUCUGACACAGGGCAGCAAAACAUUCCCCCUGCAGAGCCAGUGUGUUUUGCCUACAUAACUAACAACAGAAAGUAUCUGCUGCUUUCCUGCUCCUGGGAUGGGGGAACCCCAAAGGCCUUGGUGUGGUGGGAGGGCCCGGGGGGACAGGGGAACGGUGGGGAAGAAAACUCAAACAUCUUGAUCCUCCGCUAUGGCACUGCUCAAGAGGCUCCUGUACUGCUGACGCAGCGCAAAGUCGUGUCAGUGUACGAGGGCAGUGAUGUCCAGCUCACCUGCAAUCUUAGAGCCAACUACCUUCCUGUCAGUGAAAUCACCUGGUUUAACAAUCAGGGUGUGGACGUCCGAGACACCUCCAAGUACAGGCUGCAAAGAACAUCUGCAUGGGCAAAUCUGACAGUGAGAGACACACAUGAGAAUCAAGACAGCGGCGAGUACAGAUGCUCCACAUCCAAUGCAGUGGGAGGAACUGAAAUCAAUGUCACUCUUGUGGUCAAGAGACACCCCAUGCCACCCAAUGUGACCCUGGUAAAAGUGGAGUACAAUGGCCGACAACGUAACGAGGUGGAGCUGGAGUGGCUGGUAGAGAGUGAAGAAGAAAGCGGCUGGACAGGUUUCAUCCUGGAGCACCGAUGGAUGUCAGAGCAACCAGGAAGGAGAGGCGGCAGCAAUGACUCAAAAGAGGAGACAAAGUCGAAGAUCGGUCCACUGGUCUGGUACCAGAACAUCAUCCAGGACCCAGAGGUCAGGAGACAGACAGUAGGGAGACUGACACCAACUGAGACCUACCAGUUCCGCAUCACACCUGUCAACCACCGCACCGUCGGACACCCUUCUUCAGCAAAGUCUCCAGGUAUAGUUGCAGCGGAACCGAGCUCCAAUGUCCUACCUGCUGUAAUCGGAGCAGCUUUUGGCGGGAUGCUCUUGGCAGCCUUCCUCACGUUGCUGCUACUCAUCUUCAUUAUCCGCAACCGCAACAACAAUCCACGACUGCAUGACUUGCUGUUUGGUUUGCAUCACAGUCAGUCGAGGGAAAAUAUCAACUUCCCGGAGGAUGAAGUGGUGGCCGGGUCAGAGGGUGGGAUAGAGGAGAUUGGUGGAUCAGCCAGUUCCGGUCCAACUAUGGCUUUACCACGGGCGUCUUCCCCCCUCACCACCACACCGGUCCCUCCCCCUGGAGAUGACAAUGAGCCUGUUAAUGUCACCAUCACAGUCCAGGCUAUCGGCUCAUAG